GAGCAUAGCUUAGCUUCUUCUCUUAUCUUCUCACUAUUUCACCACACAACACAAACUCCUUCAUUUCCUUCCCACCAAACUCUUCUUCUUCCCACAGAUUAGGGUUUCUUUUAGGGCAUUUCCAGCUCCUUUCCCAAUCUUCUCUCCGAUAAAUCCUCGCCAUCAUGGCUUCCUCUACAGCUCAAAUUAAUGUUCUUGGAGCGGCAGUGCCUGGCUCCUCCUACAGGAAGCCCCAUUUCAGAAACCCGAGGACACUCUUCUUGGGCCAUGGACUCGGCAGUACGGCGUCGUUUGGUGGCUUGUCUCGUUCUGUGUUUCUGAAAUUCAGUACCAACGGUAACAGAGCCAGGAGUAUCGGACCCCUUCGGGUGGUUAACGAGAAGGUCGUGGGCAUUGAUUUGGGUACUACUAACUCCGCCGUCGGGGCCAUGGAGGGUGGUAAGCCCACCAUAGUCACCAACGCCGAGGGUCAGAGGACGACGCCGUCUGUGGUCGCUUAUACCAAGAAUGGGGAUAGGUUGGUAGGUCAGAUUGCCAAGCGCCAAGCCGUUGUGAACCCGGAGAAUACCUUCUUCUCCGUCAAGAGGUUUAUUGGGAGGAAGAUGUCGGAGGUGGACGAGGAGUCCAAGCAGGUGUCGUACAGAGUUGUUAGGGAUGAAAAUGGAAAUGUCAAGCUUGAUUGUCCUGCUAUUGGCAAGCAGUUUGCCGCCGAAGAAAUCUCAGCUCAGGUUUUGAGAAAGCUUGUGGAUGAUGCUUCGAAGUUUUUGAAUGACAAAGUGACUAAAGCUGUUGUAACCGUCCCUGCAUACUUCAAUGAUUCUCAAAGAACAGCAACAAAAGAUGCUGGUCGGAUUGCUGGUUUGGAAGUUCUUCGUAUUAUAAAUGAACCAACCGCCGCUUCAUUAGCAUAUGGGUUUGAAAGGAAAAACAACGAGACAAUCUUGGUUUUUGACCUUGGAGGUGGUACCUUUGACGUGUCAGUGUUGGAGGUUGGUGAUGGAGUGUUUGAAGUGCUAUCCACUUCUGGAGAUACACACUUGGGUGGUGAUGACUUUGACAAGAGAAUUGUUGAUUGGCUAGCUGCAGACUUCAAAAGAGAUGAGGGAAUAGAUUUGUUGAAGGAUAAACAAGCUCUUCAGCGUCUUACAGAGACAGCUGAGAAAGCCAAAAUGGAGCUAUCAUCUUUGACUCAGACAAACAUUAGUCUUCCUUUCAUUACUGCCACUGCUGAUGGCCCCAAACACAUUGAGACCACCCUUACUAGGGCCAAGUUUGAGGAGUUGUGCUCAGAUUUGCUUGACAGGCUUAAAACACCAGUUGAAAAUUCCUUAAGGGAUGCUAAACUCUCCUACAAAGAUCUAGAUGAAGUGAUCCUAGUUGGUGGGUCAACCCGUAUUCCCGCUGUUCAGGAGCUUGUGAGGAAAUUGAGUGGGAAGGACCCCAAUGUCACAGUCAAUCCUGAUGAAGUUGUAGCUCUAGGUGCUGCUGUUCAGGCUGGUGUGUUGGCUGGAGAUGUCAGUGACAUUGUGCUGUUGGAUGUAACGCCAUUGUCAUUGGGUUUAGAAACUUUGGGUGGUGUCAUGACUAAGAUCAUCCCAAGAAACACUACUCUGCCCACAUCAAAAUCGGAGGUGUUCUCCACAGCAGCGGAUGGGCAAACAAGUGUGGAGAUUAAUGUCCUUCAGGGUGAGAGAGAAUUCGUCAGGGACAACAAGUCUCUUGGAAGCUUCCGAUUGGAUGGUAUCCCACCUGCGCCUCGUGGGGUUCCACAGAUUGAGGUCAAAUUUGACAUUGAUGCUAAUGGUAUUCUCUCGGUCGCUGCUAUUGACAAGGGUACUGGGAAGAAGCAAGACAUUACCAUUACCGGUGCUAGCACUUUGCCCAGUGAUGAGGUAGAGAGAAUGGUCAACGAAGCAGAGAAAUUCUCCAAGGAGGACAAGGAAAAGAGAGAAGCAAUUGACACAAAGAACCAGGCUGAUUCCGUCGUCUACCAGACAGAGAAGCAGUUGAAGGAGCUGGGAGACAAGGUUCCUGGUGAAGUGAAAGAGAAGGUUGAGGCCAAACUAGGAGAGCUCAAGGAAGCCAUUUCAGGAGGAUCUACCCAAACCAUUAAAGAUGCCAUAGCCGCCCUCAACCAGGAAGUAAUGCAGCUUGGCCAAUCCCUAUACAACCAACCAGGUGCUGGUGCUGGUCCAGGUGCGGCCCCUGGUGCAGGGCCUGCACCUGGCGGUGAAGCCGGCCCAUCAGAUUCAUCAUCCCAGGGACCCGACGGAGAUGUCAUUGAUGCAGAUUUCACCGACAGCAAGUGAGAUGGCUUUGAAAUAGUUAGUUGAACAAGCCGUAGCUUUUUUUUUCUUUAUUUGUGAAGUGUUUAUUAAUGCUGUUUUUUGCGGGGAUUGGAUGUGGUUUUUGGCUUACAUUUCCAGCCAUUUUUGCAUCGUCGAGGAUUGAUCUUUAGAAAGAAAAAAAAGAAGAAAAGAAAAAUAGCGGAUGAAUUGAAAAUGCCAUACAUCAGUAGAUGCCCCAAAGAUAAGAAAUGUCUUGGUGUUGAAUCCGAAACGUGAGACAUAGACAUACCUAUGUUGAACAGAUAUUAUUCGGUCUUCUAUUUUUCAAAUUCAUUUAGAAUAAAUAUAUAUGAGUUAUCACUUUGUAUCGUA